UCAGAUCUGAAGAUGAACCUUGUAGUGGUUUUGGUUAUGUUUCUGUUCUGUGGCCUAACCUUGGCCGAGGAGUCUCCUGCUGAUACAGAAACAACUCUUUCUGGCUACCACCAUUAUGUGCUUGGUCUCCAGGGACAACUUGGUGCCAUCAACAAAAAACUGGGAGCCUUAGAAAACAGACUGAAGGAGACUGAAAACCACAUUGAAGAUCAGAAGAGGAAAGAAGGAUAUCGCGUUGUUUUCAGUGCAUCAGCAGAUGGAGGUGGAAGGAUAGGACCCUUCAAAACAGACACUACACUGGUCUACAACAAAGUGAUAACAAACAUUGGCAGUGCCUACAAUCAACACACAGGUAUCUUCACUGCACCGGUUAGAGGCGUUUACUACUUCUCCUUCUUUUAUCAUGCUGGAGGUGAAUACAUUGUAUUUCUAUCACUCAUGAAGAACAACGAGCUUGUGGGAACGACCUCUGACCACUCAUCAUCAUUUGAUACCGCUGACAAUGGAGGCAACGCGGUAUUUGUGCAGCUGCAGCAAGGAGACCAUGUGUUUGUGCGCAUGCGUUCAAAUAGCCAUAUUUGGGCAACCCAUCGCUUUACCACCUUUAAUGGUUUUUUGGUCAGUCCUAGUUAAGAUAGGACUCAUUUCAACUCAACUGUUUCUGUAUUAACAUCAUGAAACACAUUCACUCAUCUAAUAAAUCCAAUACAUUUUUUUUUACAUCGUUUUAAACCUUACAUUGUUCAGCUACAGUAAAUGACAAAACAAAAUACUGUGUACGUUCAGUACUUAAGGUCGGUGAUGUUUUUCAAUAUAAUCACACGUAUAUCAUAUCUUACAUCAUGAUGGUUGGGAGAUUACCCAGUUAAAUGACUAUUAGUCUAAUGAUUUCUCUUUCUCUAUGCACUCUGUGGCCUUGAAAAGCAGAGUCUGACUUGUUAACAUGGUUAUUAAAUCAAGAUUUAAGGUUGGCUUUACCUUUUGAGU